AUGAAUUUAUCUUUUUGGAAUGUGAGAGGACUUAAUAAAUCCUCCAAACAGCAAAUAGUGAGGAAUCAACUUAUGCAAUAUCAUAUUUCCUUCUUAGCUCUCCUUGAAACCAAAAACAAAGAUUGUUCUAUCUCAAAAGUUACCAGGAAAAUUGCCAGUAAUUGGGAGUGGGAAUCUAAUGUGAGGGCUGUUGGUAAAGCCAUGAUAAUCAUUAUGUGGGAUCCUAAUAUCUUUGAUACCCAAGUUAUAAAUAUGUCUGAUCAACAGAUUACUUGCUCAGUCAAGUCAAAGGAUGGAAGAUUGGAUUGUUUCAUCUCAGCUAUAUAUGGAUUUAAUCAAUUGGAAGCCAGAAAGGGACUGUGGAAUGAUCUUAAUAGCAUCUGUCAAAGCAUUGGCAAUACACCAUGGCUCCUACGUGGUGACUUUAAUGCCAUGAUAAGUUCUGAGGAAAAGUUGACAGGAGUUAUUCUUACUGAACCUCACACAGGUGAUUUCUGCAAUUUUAUAGAAGUAUGUGCUCUAAGUCAUCUUAAAACUCAAGGUUUUUUCUUUACAUGGAACAACAAACAAGAAGCUGAUGCUAGAGUAUGGAGCAGACUGGAUAGGGCUCUGAUAAAUGAUGCUUGGAUCAAUAAUUUCAACUCUAGUCAUGUUGAAUUCAUGAUGCCUGGGAUUUCAGAUCAUUCCCCUGCUAUAGUUUUAUUAUAUGAGGAUACUUUUCCACGGAAAAAAUCCUUCAAAUUUUAUAAAAUAUGGAUCAAUCAUGACAGUUAUAUCCCUACAAUUUCUAAUAUUUGGCAUCAAUUCAUACAAGGAUAUUCUAUGUUCUCUGUUUAUACAAAGUUGAAAGUGCUUAGAGGAGCAUUGAAGGAUCUCAACAAGAAGCACUUCAAUAAUAUAAGUGAACAAGUGCUUAGAGCAAAAAAUGCAUUACAGGAGGACCAGGAAAAUCUUCAAGUAAACCCUCUAAAUUAUGAUCUUAUAAGACAGUAA